GAAAUAGAAAUUAGUUCACGUUCACGCUUGUUUACGUCAGAAAACAAACCGACCACAACCCAGUUUUGUGAACAGCUGGCUGAUGUCGUUUUUUUGAAACGGUUGUCGGUUAUGUCGUACUUGAGUUGUGUUUUUUCGCGCUAAUAAAUAAAUUUGUUUCCUAAAUUAUGAAUUAAAAGUUGUAAUGUGUAUUACUAAUAUUAAGUCAGUGCCUAAAAAUUAAUCAACUGUUUAUUUAAAUGAUGAAUACUUUUGAGUCUUAAAAAGAUCUCAUGUUAACCUUAUUAUGCAGGAAAGUAAUAAAAUAGCAUAUACAGGUCAAAAUAGUCCUCCACUGUUGGGUUUUGACUGCAGAACAAUAGAAGAAGGAUCCAAACUAGUCAAAUCCUGCAGACGAUCUUUUAUUAAUUUUCAAAGUAGCCUUAAGCUAUUUUGUAGUACACCUUUGGGUAGGGCAACAUACCAAAAAGUUAUGGAAACAUCCUUUUCACGAAACUCUGAAUAUACUGAAAAAGGAACAAAAGGCCUUGCGCAUUUCACAUUAGAUGGUGAUAGUGGAUAUGUUUCCCACUUUCAAGAAUCCAAUUCUGGUUCGUGCAUUGGAGGGUCUUCGGAGCCCAACAGUGUAACAAAAAUGGUAGAAGAUAAUAUAUAUAUCAGUGAAGAUGCUUUAUUAGAAAGACCUGAAGUGUACAAUAUCAAUUUUAAUCAAGCAGGAAGUGAACAAGAAAACUUUGAAGAAUACAGUCAUCUUUUUUAUUUGAAUGAUAGUGUUGUUGGCUCUUCUGGAGGCGGUAGUGAAAAGACUUGUUUAAGUGGACUUGAAAACGAUUCUGAUAUUUCUAGUAUUAUCUACCCUAUUGAUAAUAUAGUAAUUACAGGAAAAGACUGCAAUUUAGAUGCAAACUGUGAAUUUGAGUCAAGAAACAAAAUGAUGAACGAAGUGGUUGACAAUUCAAGUGUAAAUAAAUCAAAUUUGAAUUCGCCCAUUAUUAAGAAAUUUAAAAAGUCAUAUUCAUCACCCUUAAAGAAAACUUCAUCACCAUUGAAAACUAAACAAAGCUAUUCAGAUGAAAAUAAAGAAAACAAUAUAAACUAUUUAAAUCAUUCCAAUCAAUUUAACAAAGAUAAAGAGCACAGGACUGCAAUUGAGAAAAAUUCUGUUACUAUUAAAAGGCCUUUGUUUGAAACAGAAAAGUUUAAAACUUAUGAAUCAGAUUCUAUAAAUUUAAAUAGUUCAGCUAACACAUCUCAUACCAAAAGUUUUGAUAGUUCCUGUGUAAGUCCAGAACUGUUUUCAGAUGAUGAAACUACGAAUGAGGUACAAAAUUUUAAGGAAGUUGAAAAAAAAAUUUCUGAAGAAAUCUGUGUCAAUAAAGAUGAUCAAAUAUUAUUGAAAAGAACUCGGGAUGCCUUAAAAGGCGUACUGCCACCUCCAAGUGUAACAAUUAUUCAAAUCUCAACGGAAGAAAUCCUCAAUAAAAUUUAUACAAAUAGCAAUUUAUUUUUUUCAAAAACAGAGAUAAAAAAUAUUCAAGGUGCCAAUAAAGUUGCUGCAGCUAAUAAUUCCGAAUGCAAUACAUCUUCCAGUGGUAACGUUAAUGAUCUUACAAAAAAUAAAAAUGAUACUCAGAGGAAGUCAUUACUGGUUACAUGUGAUUUUCAAUCUAUUGAUUCAGUAGAAUGGCCAGAAAUAGCAAAAUACAGAUUUCAUGGUUUAUUGUAUAAUAGGGCCAAAUUUUCUGAAGAAUUUGAACACUUAUGUCAGAAAUAUGGAGAGAGAUAUGUAGGUGUAGAAACGCAGUCUACUUGCACCGUUUUCUCUAAUGAAAUAUCAAGCCCUUCAAAAAGAAAAUUAAUUAAGGCGAGAAAAGUUGGAAAAUCUCCAGGCAAAAGGCUAAGUCAUCUGGCUAGAAGACGGAUCACCUUUUCAAAAGAUUCUCUCCAUUCCAGCAACUCAUUUAUCGGUGCUAGAUCAAGACAAAUAUUGAUUGAUGCCAGAAAACAAGCAGUUCUUUCAAAAAGCCCCCAGAAGACUCCUCGGAAGACUCCCAGGAAAACGCCUAGAAAAAGUCCACGUAAAAGGAGGACGCCAAACAGUUCUAUGAAGAAAAAGCGUCUUUCAGAACUUUUUUCGAGAACAAAUUCAGAAGCGAGCACUUCGUACUGUAGUCCGAGCAAAAAAUUGCCACUUAAAAGUCCUUGCGAUUACUUUAAUGGAAACAGUGAAUCAUCGUCGGUCCUUUCUACAGAUUCAUCAUCGUCUACAUCAAAACGUCGAACCCCUCGCAGAGUUCUAUUUACGUCUCCCAAAAAAAUGUCACCACAAAAAGGUCUGUCGAGUUUAUAUUCGAAAAAGAAAUUAACGCCCAAGAGGGCAUUAUUUAUGUCACCCGAGAAAGAUAAUAGCUGUGAUAAAAAAAGAAAAAGAAGCGAAAAUGAAAGUGAUGAGAGUGAAUUAUUGAUAAAAACCAAAUUGCCAAGAAGUUUAUCGUUUCCUGCUCAAUGCUCCAGUAGCAGUACUGAAAACCCUAGAAUUAUUUCAAAGUUCAAAAGUUCUGGAAGUCUAUCUUCUUCCAGUGUCCAGUCGCACAGCCAGGACCUUACUGAACAUCGGAAGAAAAAACUUUUAUGGGCGGUUUCGGAAGCUCUACGCUCUCAAACCAUUUCGAUGGUUCAUCCACAAUUCAAAGUUUUCGCUUCCGUGCUAGCUCGAGUUACUCGACGGCUUCUUCCCAAUUUAAACACGUCAGCAACACGUCCGGAAGGUAGCACCAGUGAACUGAUGUUACGAAUAGCUAGACAACACGUGUUUGCUGUAACCAGAGGGAAAACAGUUGACGAGAUAUUACAUGACGUGGAGAAGAAUAAAGUAAAACAAUCGAAACCAGUGGGAUACGUGGGGCCCGAAUGCUCCUCUAGGAGUAAUAAAGAAAAUUUACCCAAAUCGAAACCAAGUACUAGUGGCGUUUUAACUCAGAAUAAUCAGUCAAGAAAGUCUUUUAGAGAUGAAAAAGUGGAGAGAAUUCGUAGAGCGAUUAAUUUUGGUGAAUGUGAGAAUGAUGUGGAAAACAAAAGUAGCAAUAUCUGACUAGGGGCCAAUGCCAGGACUGUAAACCCAAUAUUUCGAUGUUUGAAAAGUAUCAAAAGAACUUAUAUACAUUUUAGAUAAAUAGUAAUUGUACAUAGUUGCAAACUUAUUGUUUGUUUUCAUUUGCAUUAAUUUUUCAUAUUUCUGAGUUUUCACAUAAAAUUUGAAGUUAUUUAUUAACUUCAUAGUUGCUCAUAGCUAAAAUGAAGUGGUUUGUAAAAAGAAUAGUGUAAUUUAUAUGGUGAUAAAUAUUUUCAGGCCAAUACGUUUUAUAUAAUUUCUUAAUGUUUAGAAAAAUUGGUAAAUUUGUACUUUAUUAAAUAUCAGAAAUCUAUAAAAUAUCUCAUGUUUUGAGUUUACUUGAAUAAGAAGGGGUUACUCGUUCUAUUACAUAUUAAUAAUAAAAUAAUUAUUAAAUAUUUGUACAGCGUUAAAAUAUUAGUUUAUAUUGUAUUUUCUAAACAGUCCUGGCAUUAUCAAGCAACAAUAAUUUAGGCUAUUUUUUAAUAUGCAAAAAUUACGU